AUGCCCCCAAUUCCCGGAGGUACAGCAGAGGCAUUCGGCUUCACUGCUGUCGAAGCAUCUGCAGAAAAGCUCUUCGACCAGAUUGGGCUACGAGACAUGCCUCCCCCGCCUGUGAUACCCGUUUCAGAUACCCCAAUUCCCAAAACGAUCCUAGCAGAUCGCAUACAAGGAUACGCCAAAGUCCAUCUUCCAACUCCUACCUUCCAUCACUCUAUGAGAGUAUAUCACUUUGGAAUUGCCAUAAAGCGCUAUGCGUUCCCAACUUGGGCAUUCAGCGAUGAAACCUACUUUAUUACCUGCAUGUUGCACGAUAUUGGAACCACAGAGGAGAACCUUCGAGCUUCGCGUAUGAGCUUUGAACUCUACGGCGGGUUUUUGGCCAUGGACCUGCUUCAGUAUCCUAUUGAUGAGCAUGCAUCUACCAUUGUUGAUCCAGAAAAAAGAGUGACUGCGUCAAAUGCUCUUGCUGAGAGCGUUGUUGAGGCUAUAAUGCGACACCAGGACAUUCGUGAUACUGGAAAGAUCACCGCUUUAGGGCAACUCAUUCAACUAGCGACGAUUUUUGAUAACAUCGGAGGACACGAGCAACUGCUCUCACCCGAAACAGUCAAAGAUGUUAUCAAGCAUUACCCACGCAUACAAUGGAACAAUUGUUUUGCGGCUACGAUUCGCAAGGAAGUUUCUCUCAAACCAUGGGCUAACUCUACCACUCUUGGUACCGAAGAAUACCCAUCGCGCAUCGCGAAUAAUCCUGUCGGGCUAGCGUAUGAAAAGCUGGAAGAAUGUGUUAACAAAAAUGGUGGCAAGACUGUGAAAAACAAACUUAUGGAUGUUAAGUAA